AUGAAGUGGUCCUCCACAGUGUCCCAAACACCUGCUGGGGUGGAGAAAUCAGUGCUCAAGAGAAUCCAAGUCCUCGUGUUAGUGCUGCUUGCGUCUCACACGCUCUGCGACGCUCACAGCGUGUCGGCGUCGUGCUGCAGCAGAGAGCCACCCCGCGCCUGCCGCCUCUAUGUGUUGCUGCUGUGUGGCCCGGCAGGCGGUGCCGGCCGGGCGCUAGGCGGGAUGCAUCUUGGCGAGGACGCGUCAGCCGGCAUCCUCACUCUAGGGAAGCGGGAGGCGGAGGAGCAGCACUUCCACAGUCGGCUCCACCAGCUUCUCCGCGGUGGCGCGCGGAAUCAGGCAGCCGGGAUCUUGACUAUGGGCAAGCGGUCUGAGGAGGAAGAGGCGGUCGGGCUGCUCAUGCAAUGGGCGCAGCAAGACUUCACCGCUUGA